AUGCCUCAGCUCGCGCGUUCUGCAGGCUACCCCAAGAACCUCGUGAUCUUGUGCAUCCGCUGUUACACCUUCCUUGUAGUGAACUACAUCUGCCAAGGCCUCAUCCUGUACAUGAUUGCCAAGGAAGAGCUCGUGUGGGAUGCCUUCGCAGGGCAGAUGUUUUUAUGCGAUUUUGGACGAAGUGCUGGCGACUGCGUCGACGAUCCCACUGGCCCGAACUGUGUGGGCCCAGGUGGGACGACCUACGCCCCUGCACGCAUCUACAGCUGGAGCGUCUGGUCGACACGCAUCUAUGUGCGGGAUGCACUCAAAGCAGUGUUUCCCGAGAAGGCGGCCGAGAUUCAAGAGCUCGUGGACCCCGGCGAGUCCCUCGGCGUCAACGAGCAUGCCAAAUCAAUCCGCGGAUGGUCGGAAAUGGAUCUCUGCAAGCUGAAAGUCGCUGGAAUGCCGCUUGCUUGGAAGAUCAUCAAUAUCUUCUUGGUGGUUCUUCCGAAACUGCUUCUUUGGAGCCUCACUGCCCAAGCUGGUAUCACGUUCCUCAUGGAGACCUCCACGAUUGACGACCUGGUUGUCAACUCUGUCGCUCUGGCGUUCAUCCUGCAAAUUGAUGAGCUUCUCUGCAGUGAGCUGAUGCCUGAGACCAACAGGGCCAUUGUCGACAUGCUCGAGGACUACGAGCUGCAAGGCUACGAGGAGGCCAACACAGUUGAACAGAUGAAGGACAGUGAGCUGCUGGAGGAGUACGAAGAGAAGUUGAAGCGGGAUUGGUCGUGGAUGGAGCUUGCCAAUUUCAUCCCCUUCAAGCUGCUCUUGGUGACAGCGUUCACUGUCCUUUUCGUCGAGCUGUACUACUGGAGGAACUGUGUCCGUGGUCCAGAUGGUGGUAUGGUUUCCAAGAACAUGCACUAUCCACAAAGCACCCGUUUCAGUUGCUCAGCUCAAUAUAGUCUCGUUGCAUGUGCAGGCUUCACUAUUACCGAGCAUUCAAGCACCCGACCUUGCUGGUAG